AUGACCAACACCAACAUCAUGACCAUCACCGACAUCAUGACCAACACCAACAUCAUCAUCACCCUCAUGACCAGCACCAUCACCACCAUGACCACCAACACCAUCAUCACCAUGACCACCAACACCAUCAUCACCAUGACCACCAACACCAUCACCACCAACACCAUCAUCACCAUGAUCACCAACACCAUCACCACCACCACCAUCACCACCAUGACCACCAACACCAUCAUCACCAUGACCACCAACACCAUCACCACCACCACCAUGACCACCAACACCAUCACUACCAUGACCACCAACACCAUCACCACCAUGACCACCAACACCAUGACCACCAACACCAUCACCACCAUGACCACCAACACCAUCACCACCAUGACCACCAACACCAUCACCACCAUCACCACCAACACCAUCACCACCAACACCAUCACCACCAUCACCACCAACACCAUCACCACCAACACCAUCACCACCAUGACCAUGACUUCCAUAACCAAGUCCAUCUACAUGCCCAUCAUCACGACCAUCAUUACCAUGUUCAUCAUCACAAUCACUUGUCAUUCGGGUAAUCUGUGA